AUGCCUGAUAGGUGUUACGUGCCUUUGUGCUGCAAGAGUAGUUAUCGUGUAUGCCUUCCAUCGGAUGCUGUAAGACUUAAGGUACUACCUUCAAAAUUAUCGUUCAUUAAACCUAUCGUUUCAGAUUUCUGAUAUUUCUCGAUACGACAUAUAUUUCAGGAGUGGCUUGUGAAAAUUCGACGAGACGUAUCUCCAGCAUUUCAGAUAACCGAACGAACUAAAAUCUGCUCCUCACAUUUGAAGAUAACUGAUUUUCGUGUAACCUUAAAUGGUCGUUGA